AUGCAACAACUGUUUUCUGAUGCUGCUGACCCACCCAUUGUUCCCGAUGGUUCUACUUCUUCAGCUUCUUCUACAACUGCGCCUCUGGCGGUCAAAAUCCUUGCCUAUGCGGAUGAUACUUUGGUGUAUCUUCGCGACACGCACGAUUUCCAUCGUUUGCAGGCUGCCAUCACUACUUACAUGAAAGCUUCUAACGCAUUAUUGAAUUAUCACAAAACAGUAGCUACAUCUCUUUCAGGUAAACCAUCAACAACUUGGCAAACCCUGCUCUCAUCUUAUGGCAUCACCGCUUGGCAUGAUCGCACAUCCACCACUCCACUCAUUUAUCUCGGUUAUCCAAUUUGUUCCAGCAUUACUCAACGCAAUGUUGCCUUUCAAAAACUGUAUGACUCCAUCCGUAACGCUAUUGCUAUCCACUCCCAACGCAAUAUCUCUAUCCGUGGCCGGGUCACCAUUCUCAAUUCACUCAUUUAUUCCAAAUUAUGGCAUGUUUUACGACUCACAACAUUCACCAAGGCCCAGUUGCUCUCUUUACGAAGCCUGGGUACCGCCUUCAUUAAUUUUCGUAUAUUCCCUAAACUCUCUUUUGCUACUCUCUCUUUACCUCGCUCUGCCGGUGGUUUGGGGCUCCUAGAUCCUCUCUCUCAACAACAAGCUCUGCAAUGGUACUGGGUGUGCCCUCUAUUGCUUCAAUAUCUUGACUCUCCGGCCUUCUCCAAGUACAACACUCCUUCGCUUCCUGUCUUAACUUAUACUCUUUCUUGGUGCUACUCCUCCACCGUCUUCUCUCAUUUCUUUUACUACCUCUUGUUUCAGCAUGCUCGCCAUCGGUUGUGGUUUCCUCAAAGUCCAUCCCGUCGCAAUACUUAUCUCAAUCCAAUCACUAAUCUUCAGUCCUGCUUGUCCAUCUUUCAGAUGUCAGAACGUCGUAACUUAUAUGUUGAUGCUAUUACUUGCUACUCACUCCCUCUUUAUGAAAUACUUUUACAUUCUCCUCCUACUAUUAACAAUUUAUAUUCUUCUAGCUUUAUACCACCGAAUCUUCUUUUAGAUGGCUCUGACGUUGCCAGAAAGCUUCUUGUAAGCGAGGUUUUCCAGUUAGAUAUUGAUCAUCAGGUGCUUCGUGUUCGUCCUUCCUUCCAAUUCGCUCGCCAUCCUAUUGUAUCCCAACGUGUUGCUGAUUUCAUUCAGUCGCGUCAACUACUAUUCCAACCUUUCUUUGCACAACAGUGCUUCAUUGCUCCUCGUCCAACACUCAACCCACAUCAACCUCCCUCCCUUCGAGCGUUCUGCCGUAGCAUUAUCGUUUCUCCUUCUUCCUUGCCUUCGCGAGGCCGGUUGCCGCUCAACAGCAUCCGUUACUUCAAAAAACUAAGUCAAAACCUCUCCUCUACUUCCUCCUCACUCUCUCCUCUCCGGCCGGCUCAAUGGCUCUCCUUCUGGAGAAUCUCAAUCCCCCUGGCUGCUCGCACGGUCUGGUACCGAGCUAUUUACGAAAAAAUCCCUUCAAGAGCUCUGCUACAUUUACGCAUCCCCGAAAAACACCCUUCUCCCCUAUGUACCAUCUGCUCUGCCUCUACCACGGAGGAUAUCACCCAUACUCUGUUCUCCUGCCCUCCCAAGUUAUUGGUCUGGCGACACAUGUACCACACCUAUCUCUCUGCUUCUUCCUCAAUCUCUGAUGUUGAUCUGAUUCAUUUCUUCCAACAAAUAUUACUCUGUUCCUCUCCCUAUCUUGAUCGUGAUCUCUCUCUCUCGUUCAAUGAUCUCUCUAUUCCUCAACUUUUCGCAACUACUCUGCUGACAAUAUGGCAAGCGCACUGA